AUGCCUUCGUGGUUACCUUCGAUACCCUAUCCGCCCGCGGGCGACGGCUACUGGUCGCCCGUCACAUCCACGCUCAAUUGGUGCGAAGAGGACUACUAUGCCACCAUCUACAGCGCCGAGAUCGUCAACACGCUGACGAACCUGCUGUUCGUCUACCUGGCCUUCAAGGGCAUGGCCAACUGCGUCCGCAACGACCACGACUCCAUCUUCCUCAUCACCUUUGCCGGCUACCUCGUCGUCGGCACCGGCUCCUUCCUCUUCCACAGCACCCUCAAGUACCCCAUGCAGCUCGUCGACGAGCUCUCCAUGAUCUACACCACCUGCCUCAUGUUCUAUGCCACCUUCAGCUACGGCCGCUCGCGGCGCUACGCCCAGGUGCUGGGUCUUGGUCUCGUUGCCCUCGCCGCCUUCAUCACCGGCUACUACCACUACCUGCAGGACCCGGCCUUCCACCAGAACAUGUACGCCCUGCUCACCGCCGUCGUCCUCUUCCGCAGCAUGUACAUCAUGGAGGUGCGCAUCCGGCCCAGCUUCCGCGCCAAGCGCGCCGCUGCCGCUACGGACGCGGACAAGGUCGCUGCCGCGGGUAGUAAGGGCAAGGAGCAGGAUGCGCGCGACAGCGCCCGCCGCGACGCCCGCGACGUCGAGAUCCUCCGCACCAUGUGGACCAUGAUUGCGUUCGGCCUCGGCAUCUUCCUCUCCGGCUUCGCUAUCUGGACCCUCGACAACGAGUUCUGCGGAGCGCUGCGCCGCUGGCGCCAGCAGAUCGGCUUGCCUUGGGGCGUUUUGCUCGAGGGACACGGCUGGUGGCACCUCAUGACGGGCACCGGCGCCUACUUCUACAUCGUGUGGGGCACCUGGCUACGCCACUGCCUCAACGGCCGCCAGGACGAGUACUACCUGCACUGGCCGAAUAUGCUGACCAUGCCGACCGUGUGCAAGCACAAGCGCGCCGCAGCGCAGAAACAGCAGUAG